AUGGCACUUUUUCGCCCAGAAAGCGGUAUCCGCCAGGGAUUUCCUCUAUUCACUUUUCUAUUCAACUUUGUCAUCGAUUUAAUUUUUGAAACAGCUCUAUCCUCGUGCGAGGAUAGAGGCAUCGAUUUGCUGCCAGGUGGCAAACAGUCUGAUCUGGAGUAUGCAAACGAUAUUGUGCUACUAAGCAAAGAUCCAGUGGAUAUACGUGAUCCCCAGGUUGUGUGGAGAUGGCAACUAUCCGGAGUGCUAGAUUUCGAUCCUAAAUCCAAGCUUUGGUUGGUACAAAAAGUGAGCAAAGACGGUCGUAUAGUGGAUCCGAGCGGCAAACCGGUGGUGAAUGGUGGUUUACUUCGAAAUGGGACUUUUGUCGAACUGAGAAGUCAGUAUUGGAUACCCAGAAUCCAGUUAAUGUUCCUGGCUGAAGAUCCGGAUGUGUUCGCGCAACGGAUUGCGUCAGCCUACAAAGAGCGACAGAAACACGAGGCUGGAUUACGAUACAAUCUUUAUCUGGAUUGUAUGCCAAACGAAGGAAUCGGGGAACUGAGCGGUUCCGUGAUAAAGCAUAUGCUAUUUUUGGCCAAAGAUGACACAUGUACCGUUAAAAAUUUCCAAGGCGUUGAAGAAACGGCUCAGAAUUUGCAAAAAGAAGUGAUGUACGACUAUUGGAGGAGCACGUUGGAAAUUCCCAAAUACGAUUUUGAUGCCAUGUUUGACAAAUUCUCCGCCUUGUCCAUGCUCACCAAACCGGAGGCGAUUUCGGCAUUGUGCAAAGCGCAGUACGAAUGUCUGGAAGUUCGAUCGAAAUCCAUGUUUCAUGUGCCAAUCUCAAAACAUAUGAGACUGGAAGAGUUCGAACAGACACAGUCCAUGAUGACCGUACAAGUUGCUCUGUUUCUCAAGGAUGCAUGGCUGGAUAAUUUGCGGAAAUACAUUCGGACCUGUCUUCGUGAUAGCGGUAAAGGAUGGUUCAACAUAUACGAAACGGAUUUCUAUGUGUACAGUCAAUCGAAGCUGAAAAAGCUCAUGGAACUGGGCAAAUACUGUAUGCAAGACACAAUGCGUUAUCUGGUUAUGGAUUCCCUGACCAGUCUGGUCAAUAUGGUCCAUUUAGUACUGGAUGCGGACGGUCCACAUUACAGUACACCGUUGAGAAAUUUUAUCACAACUCUCGUGUCUUUGUUUGACAAGGCCAUCAAUUCGGUACAAGAUGUCCCUCAAUUGGAACGAUUCGUCAUGGAGGGAAUCAGUUGUGCGGAAAAUCCCCUAUUGGAAGCGGUUGGCAUACACGAACCACCGGUGGAGGUGUUACGGGAAAAUUUGCAAGAGUAUGUUGCCGCGGCCAUCAUACCGAUGGAAGCAUAUGCGAGAAAAUACGAGCAAUUCAUGGAACUCACCAUGUUGGACAUCAAUGCGUAUUUGAAGUAA